AAGGCGCGAGCUUGAACGCGCUCCGCGCGACGACCCAUCCGCGUCACCUUUGGCGAACGAUUCUUUACAGAGAAUCUCGGAGUCUACACGCGACGACACUGCCACGGAUCGCUUUAGUCGCACGACGGCACGAGCCGCGAGCGAAUCCUCAGGUGGUGCGAUUUAGUGCUGACGAAACGUUGCCAUUGAAGAAGAUAACUUCGCUGAUCUCCAGCAAAGGAAAAGCGAACGAGAGAAUCCAGACUACAAGAAAGCUUUUGGGGGAUGACAUGUCCUGUGUGGGAUUCAAGUCGGUUGAAGACGAUCGACAGUGUAGUCCUGCGAGCCUGAAGGAGCAGUGAAGAGAUGCUGGUAGUGCGUUCUAGUUUAUCAUGGACCAUCACGAUGAGCUCGAAAAGGAAUCAAUGCAAGAGGAAACAGCACGUGGCUCAAGCAAGACCCAAACAGACGCCUACGCAGAGAAUUCUCAGCAGACGAGACGCCCACGUUUCGGAAAAUCACCGUGCAACCGUUGCCUUCGCAGAGAGCGAGAGUGCGGCGACCUCGCUCUUGUCCGCUCGAAAGGCCGAAACUACACAAAAUCGAAAUGCCCUAUUUUCUCUCCUUCUCGCUCUCCUCUCCCUCCUACCGCCUUCCCGCGUUCAAUGUAAUCCCGUAAAAAAACAAUUUUGCCAAGUCUUCUGGGACUACAUAAUUACUAAAAUGCAAUUACUGUAAAUUGUAAUUUCUCAGUAUUUUAUAACUCUACGCUUAGAUUAUGAUAUUCUUUAGAAUUCGAUCGCAUACUUUGGAUAUUGCUUGAUCACUUCUA